CCCCGGGGCGCUCGGGGCGGGAGACUUCCGGCGGGGCGGCCGCUCGGGUCGGGGCGCGCGGGCAGCGGGAGCCGGGGCGGCGACGGCGCGAUGACCACGCUGCGGGCCUUCACCUGCGACGACCUGUUCCGCUUCAACAACAUUAACUUGGAUCCACUUACAGAAACUUAUGGGAUUCCUUUCUACUUGCAGUAUCUGGCCCACUGGCCAGAGUAUUUCAUUGUUGCAGAGGCACCUGGAGGAGAAUUAAUGGGUUACAUUAUGGGUAAAGCGGAAGGCUCAGUGGCUAGGGAAGAGUGGCACGGGCAUGUCACAGCUCUGUCUGUCGCCCCAGAAUUUCGACGCCUUGGGUUGGCUGCUAAACUCAUGGAGCUACUAGAGGAGAUCUCGGAAAGAAAGGGUGGAUUUUUUGUAGAUCUCUUUGUAAGAGUGUCUAACCAAGUUGCAGUCAACAUGUAUAAGCAGCUGGGCUACAGUGUAUACAGGACGGUCAUAGAGUACUACUCAGCCAGCAACGGGGAACCCGAUGAGGAUGCCUACGACAUGAGGAAAGCGCUGUCCAGGGACACGGAGAAGAAGUCCAUCAUCCCCUUACCGCAUCCCGUGAGGCCUGAGGACAUUGAAUAGCCCUGGGCAGUGGUUCUUGGGCAGAUGCUGCACCGGUUAUGGACAGUAAGGUCUUCACCCGCUCAUCCUGGAGCUCGAUUAGGAGAGGCGUAAUCCUCAAGGUCUUAAAGAUGUGAAGAAAAUACAGUUGUACUUACUUCAGCUAUCAUCAUUUCCGGUUAGCAAUAUCCUACCUGUUAAAGCUGUUCGCUGUCAGCUCCACUCAAGGGCAGCGCAGGCAGACCAUUCCGCUCUGUUCAUCACACUGCGUGCUAGGGAAGGACUUGCUCCACUCUCCCAACGCACGGCCCGAGAACCACUGCUGCAUAUGCAAUUUUUUUAUUUUGUACUGAAUUGUUAAUUGAAGCUUUAAAGGCCUAUAUGAAAUGUAUAAAUCUAAGAUGUAUAAUAAAAUACAUUGUUGGUUCUAUGA